CGGCGGGUAUGGCGGGAAAGUUGCUGAGGGCUGACUUUGCUGCGUUUCCAGCGGCCGCGUGGCGGAGCCGGGGAGGGUUGGCGUGCGCUGACGUCGUGGUGUCACGGGGCGCGCCUGGCGCGGGUUGCUGUCCGCGGUGCUGGAGGAGGACAGUCCUUAGUACACAGCUCUGGUUAAAGAUGACUUCCUUAUUCACUCAAGAAAUUCACCUUUCUAAAAGACAUGAAGAAAUAGUAUCACAAAGAUUAAUGCUACUUCAAAAAAUGGAGAAAAAAUUAGAAGACCAAAACACAGAAAGGGCAUCUCAGCUGCAAGCCAUGGAAACUGCUUUGAAAAGGAAUCAUAGUCUUUUAAAGGAUGUAGAGGCGGCCGAGAAGUCCCUGCAGGCCAGGCUCCGCUCACCCCCGUGCCCUGAGCUGGUUUCUCUAGAGACUCGUUACUGGGCAUCAGUAGAAGAAUAUAUUCCCAAAUGGAAACAGUUUCUUUUAGGCAAAGAACCAUAUCCCACUGGUGUUGAAAGUCCAAAAGAAGCAGAAAAAACCUUUCAGAAUGAAGCACAGUGAUAACUUCUUCCUGUG